AUGACCGACUCCGACGUCCUCCUGCGCCUCCAGACCUCGUGUGCGACGGCGCACGGUCAUUACGACCAGGUGGUGGCCGUGUCGCAGAAAAUCAUCAAUGACUCCUUUGACAAGCUGUACGAGCAAUUCCCCGACUAUGGCAACGUCGACUUCUCCAGCCAUCGCAUUGGUAGCAUCAAAGGGUCCCUGUACUCGCCCCGCCUGCUGCUGGGCGGCGGCGUUGGCGCCGAUCUUUCCCUGACGUCGGCCCUGUAUGUCAUGCGCUUCAAAGACGGCAACAUCACCAUCCCCGCCGACGACGACGACGAUCCGGAUCACGUCGAGGCGCUGGCCGGCUGGAACCUCGCCGUCACCAUUGACCUCAAGACCCAGAGCGUGGUCGUCGAUCCCGAUGCCGAUCCCGAUGAGCAGGCGCGCCAGCAGGCCAUCUGGGACUUCAUCCACGACAAGUUUGACAUCCCCGGCGACUACAGCAUCGAGCGGCUGUACGCCAAGCUGGCCGAUGCGCACUGGCGGGACUUUGACUUUGCCAACUCGCAGUUCGGCGUCAACUCAGACGGCUCCAAGAGGUCCUGGGGCCAGUUAAUCAAGCAGUACCCCUAUCUCGAGACGGAUCUGCAAAUCAUGCUGAACCACUGGGCGCUGGACCAGGAGCAAAAGGGCCUGACGACGACGGGCGUCAAGUUCAACCUGCCUCCGCCCGAAAAGAUUGAUCCCCUCAAACCAACCUUCCAGCCGACUGCCAUGAUUCACCAGGUCUACGGGUACACCAAUCCCGCCAAGGGGGUGCCCAAGCCCGUCAUCUCCUACGAGGUGCCGGGCGACCUCAAUGCGCUUCUGUACUGCGAGAUGGUCUCCAACCACGAACUCCCCAAGGAUAAGCAGCUCGCCUCCGCCGGCAACUUCACCACCCAGGCCUCGACCAUUGGCGGGCCGCGCAUCGACGGCACCUAUACUCUGAGCCAUCAGCUCUUCCUCGAGAGCUUUCUACUGCCCAUGCUGCAGGCCUUCAACAAGACCUCCAUCGUCUACCCUACGGGCGGCAACUUCUCCUACAGCGGCGGCACGAGCACCAUCUCCUGGAGCUAUGCCAUCGGCAACGACCAGGCGCACCAGGACACCAACGACCAGUUCUUUGUCUUCAAACCCGUCAUCAAGUCAGGCACGCAGUCCGACCCGACCGCGUACCAGUUUACGUCUGAAUACACGUCCACCCUCUCGCCGCACGGGCACAACCCCGACUACAAUGUGUACGGCAGCUACGAUGCCACGGGCACCUCCCAGGUCGACUUCAAGUGGACGCCCGGUGGGCAGGGCUUUACCCUCUCGGGCUUGUCAGUGUACAAGUACGACAUCGAAUGGGCCGACAACGAUGCCAUGCAGCGGCCCUUUGGAUGGCUGAGGGACAGGUUUGAAGCCUCCUGGAGCAUGGGGAUCAACAUUGAUAGCGUCGAGGGAGGCGUGCUCAAGCUGAGUGUCAACGCCGGCUCCAAGAGCGACUGCAACGCCAUGGUCACUCAACCACAACACGAGCAGCAGCAAAGCUAUUCGCCCCCAAACCAAGCAGAAAAUAUCCGGGCCGAGAUUGUCAGACAAAUCUCCACCCACGUCCAGACCCUCGAGAAGAACUUGGCCGAGGCCUUUCAAACGAGCGCCAAGUUUGUGUACCCGGGAAAUGGUACCUUUAAAUUUUCGGCGCCGUGCGUUGGCAACAUGGGAGAAAUCCUGGCCACCAUUGAAUAUCAACCCCUCACGUCCGGCAAGACCAGCGUCCCUUCUCCCGUCACCAAUAAAAUGAGGUCCAUGACGCAAUUCGGCUAUAGUACGAACCCGGUCAGCGCCCCCGGAAUCGCGCCCGAGACCAAACUCGACUGGUCGUACCACAAGCCGCUCAAGGGCGGACAGACUGCCGUCGAGGUGCUCAUCCAGGGCAAAAACACGGGCGCCGCCCCCAUCAUGCUCAAGGGUAUUUCCUUCACGCUCAGCUCCGAGCCCGAAGGCCGCGGCCUCGUGACGGCCAACAAGUUCAAGCCCGGCAGGUGGACCCUUGGCUCCCCGGACUCGACUAAGUCCAACAUCUUCCAAAUCGUGGUGGACGCAGACGGCACGCCGGCGUUUGCCAACGUCAAGGUCGUCCCCGGCCCCAUGGCCAGCGAUGGCUCGACGCCCCUGACGUUUACUGGCACCGGCGAGGCAUCCGUCCCCUCUGGCGGUGCCAUCACCCUGGCCCUCUACACGGGCACCGGCGUCCCGAAUACCUACCCCGUGUCUAUUACUGAGACGUGGCCGCCUGUGGAUGGCUCAGCGAGCCACAACUUGCCCCAGUCAGUGAAUGUCAUCUUGUCUCCUUGA